AUGCAACUGAAAGAAUUAUGGCCAAUCGAAACCCUGCAGCCCCGUGUGCACGAGCACUACGGUAAUGGCCGCGCCACCCAUUGGCCGAGGACGCAAUCUGCGAUCGACAAGUCCACGAACCCGUACAGAGGGACACGAGACAUCCGGCGAUUCCAGCCCGUCGCAAAUGUCUACCGUGACAAGACCAAAGAAAGAGGCGCCGGGUUCAAUGGCUGCAACGUCCCCGACGAUCUCCUGCCGUCGCUCGGCGCCACCGCCGCCCAGCACCAGAGUACCCCGAGCAGGCUCAGGAAGUACCUCGUCUGGCCUUACGAUCCUCGAUACAAGGUAUGGGAGACGUUCCUGAUCCUUCUUGUGGUGUACUCGGCGUGGAUAUGCCCACUGGAGUUCGCGUUCAUGAGGUACCUUCCUCGGGCGCCUUUUGUCGUGGACGACGUCGUCAACGCCUUCUUCGCCGUCGACAUCGUCCUCACUUUCUUCGUGCCAUUCGUCGACAAGAAGACUUACCUCGUCGUCGACGAUCCGAAGAAAAUCGCGCUCAGGUAUCUGUCGACUUGGUUCAUCUUCGACGUGUGCUCCACUGUUCCCUUCCACUCCAUCAACCACCUCUUCCACAAGCACGGCCUCGGCUUCAGGUUCCUCAAUGUUCUUCGCCUAUGGCGGUUGCGCAGAGUCAGUUCCCUAUUUGCAAGGCUUGAAAAGGACAUCCGCUUCAACUACGCCGUGAUACGCUGCACGAAGCUCAUCUCAGUCACCCUGUUCGCGGUGCACUGCGCGGGCUGCAUCAACUACCUGAUCGCCGACAGGUACCCGAACCCUGCGAGGACCUGGAUCGGCGCCGUCAUGCCGGACUUCAGGGAGGACGGGCUGUGGGACCGCUACGUCACCUGCCUCUACUGGUCCAUCACCACCAUGACCACCACCGGCUACGGCGACCUGCACGCACAGAACGCCAGGGAGAUGCUCUUCGGCAUCUCCUACAUGCUCUUUAACCUCUGGCUCACUGCCUACCUCAUCGGCAACAUGACCAACCUCGUCGUCCACAGCACCGGCCGAACUAGAGACUUUAGGGACAUGAUUCAGGCAGCUUCGGACUUCUCCGCAAGGAACCAGCUGCCGCGGCAGAUAGAGGACCAGAUGCUCAACCACAUAUGCCUAAGGUUCAAGGCAGAGGGGCUCAAGCAGCAGGAGACGCUAGACAUACUACCCAGGGCGAUGCGAUCGAGCAUUUCUCUCUGUCUCUUCUACCCGGUGGUUCAUGGAGCUUACCUGUUCAAGGGAGUCUCCUCAGGUUUCAUCCAGCAACUGGUGACUGAGAUGGUAGCCGAGUACUUUGCCCCAAAGGAGGACAUCAUGUUGCAGAACGAGUACCCAUCGGACCUGCACCUUCUUGUCACCGGAGAAGUCGAUAUUGUGGCGUUCCUCGAUGGAACAGAGCGGGUCUGUGGAAAAACAACUGAGGGUGGACUGCUCGGGGAGAUCGGAGUACUGUGCAACAAGCCGCAGACGUUCACUUUCCGGACGACGAAACUAUCUCAGGUUCUAAGGAUCAGUAGGCCCAAGCUGAUGGAUAUCAUCCAAGAAAACGCAGAAGAUGGUGAAAUCAUCAGAAUCAACCUUCAACAAUUACAGCUCUGGCGGCAUGUGUAUUAUGUUUCUGAAUUCCUUCCAGGCAAGCAGAUGCAUGUGGAACAGAUCUAA